CAGGUGUUGGUUGGUGGUAGUGGCGAUAGCGACGGUGAGAGACGGAAUUCCUCUUUACCUCACGCCAUCUUGUCCGGUCUGCGGGUCAAACCGGCGCAAUUUUCACGUGACGAGGGCGCUUCCUUUCCGGUCCGAAAAUUGCAUCAACCCGAGCGAAAAGUGUACGUACAUACAAUACGUGUGCGGCUUGUAUACCGGCGGCGGGUGAGUUUACGCUGAAUUAUAUCGCGGAGGUAAGCAGAGCGAAGUAUAUCGAGCUGGAAGAACAUGCGUUACUUCAACGUGGUCGCCUUAGGAGGAUUAUUAAACGAGAGAUUUGAGGGGCUGCUGGAUAUAUGCCGUGCACGCAGAUUACGGACCGGUGAAGAAACGUGCAAUUGUGGUAUAAACGAUAAGAAAGGAACGAAAAAAACAAGGAUACGAAAAACGAGAGAAACAAUACCCGUCGCGCACGUUGGUUUAAUGAAUUGAUGAAUCGCCGAUAUCGACGGAGCGGAUUAUUCAUCUGAAAUUGUCAGUACCCUAUCGGAACACGAGAUCAACUCGCACGUGUAGCUGCGGACUCCGAGGGGAAGAGUCUCGACUUUGUGAAUCUGCGGCGAGAACUGUGCGCAUCGCGUUCGCGCGUUCCAAAUUUCCCGAAGAAUAAUUCGUUCGCCGUUAUAUUCGACUGCCGGAUUAUCGAACGCUCUCAUUUCGUUCGGGAGCCAAAUAAAAAUCUAGGGAAUAAUCAGAAUAAAUACCGUGCGGCAGCUAUGACUGCGGACGGUUUAUUAUUCGAGACCACCAGCACCCCAGGGCAUCUCGCACCUACCCCGCAGCGACUUGAGAGGCUACUUUCGAAACAACCUCUCGAGGAACUCUACGAGGUCGAGGAACAACCCUUUGCAAGAGGGAAGUACGCCACCGUGAAAAGAUGUCGGGAAAGAUCGAGCGGCAGACAGUGGGCAGCAAAGUUCCUUAAAAAAAGACGGAGGGCUCAGGAACUCCGCAACGAAGCACUUCACGAAGUUGCGGUGCUGGACGCCGCCGCGAGAUGUUCGCGUCUUGUUUCACUUCAUCAAGUAUUCGAAACCAAGACGGAAAUGGUCCUAGUCCUAGAACUUGCCCCAGGUGGUGAACUACAGAUGGUUUUAGACAAGGACGAAGUACCAGAGGAGAGACAAGUUGCCAGACUGAUGAAGCAAAUUUUAGAUGGCAUAGCGUUCCUCCAUUCCCUAAACGUAGCCCACCUCGACAUCAAGCCGCAGAAUUUGGUGCUUACCGGUGAAUUUCCCGAAUGCGACGUGAAAUUGUGCGAUUUUGGAAUCUCGAGAUACAUCAGCCACGGUGCGGAUAUAAGGGAAAUACUUGGGACACCAGAUUAUGUUGCUCCCGAAGUCCUGAAUUACGAGCCAAUUAGUUUAGCGACGGAUAUGUGGUCCGUUGGAGUCCUACUUUACGUAUUAUUAACCGGAUGUUCACCCUUCGGUGGAGAUUCCAAGCAGGAAACGUUCUGCAAUAUCAGCCGAUGCCGAUUAGAUUUUCCCGAUGAUCUGUUCGAAGAUGUCUCCGAAGAAGCGCGCGAUCUCAUGCGCAAGCUUAUGGUCAAAGAUCCAAGCGAACGCCUAACGGUCACGGAAUGUCUACAGCAUCCGUGGUUCUCAGCGCAUGAAAGUCCCGAAACACCAUUGAGCCUGACGCAAACAACGACAACAACAACAACCACCUCAUCAUCAACCAGCACGACCUCAAACGCAAUUUUAAGCGAAGAAGACGACCCGCGUCGAUCUUCCAGCCCGUCGGAAUCCCAGGAUACGAAGGUCAUCACGAACUCAUCGAAUUCUAGGUCAUCUCUGAUUACCGAACAGUCCGUAACGAACUCUGAUAAGAAAUCGCCGAGGCCGAGUACGCCCACGAAAGGUUCUAACGCGGAGGUAAAAUUGACGACACCAUCGAGGGCGGUUUCUUCGCACACGGAAAACGUUUAUUCGAAAUCAUCGAAGACAAUAUCGAUGCCGGUAAGGAUCGGAUUGAGUCCGGACAGAAGAGAUACUUUUAAGAAAAAUAUGGACACGUUGGCCCAAAGGUUCUCAGCUAGUACGGAAAUCGUUAUAAUAGAACCCUCAAAUUCGCAAAGAAGAGCAACGGCUAAUCACACGAUGCCAGCCGGUGAAAUAUUCAAAUGUACCCCAGUUUUUAUACUGGGCGAAGAACAGCAAUGCAGCGAUAGCGGGAGCGAUACCAUUUCCGAAAUAUCGACCGACAGUUCGAGCGACAGAAGUAGCAUAUAUUCCGACGAUUCGCUCGAUUUUAUUUUGUACGGUAAGACUCAAAGUAGAGCGAGUUUUCCGUUUGUCGGAGCCGAUACGGACAGAUGGGAACAAAAACACCCGAGAAUCUGGCCCCGCGAAUGCAGCGGCGUUGUCAGUAAAGCUCUGAGUAGAUUUUCUUCGGAACCUGGUAACGGAAAAACUACGGUGAGAACUUCACCACCUACGACUAGGGGUAGAGCGAGUUUAGAAGCUAUGAGAGAAAGAGGGGGGGAACUCGUUGUCAUUAGAGAACCAGUUAGAGCCGGACGUUACACCAGGUACAGCGAAGUACAAUGCGAAUCGGUGCAGGCGCGGAUUCGGAGGUUCCAAGUUCACGGUGCGUCGUAGAAAAGAAAAGAAAAAAAAAAAAAAAAAAAAAUGCUUUUUUUAACUGCAAUAUCCAGUGUGAAAAGUACUGGUGAACUUGAGAGAAAUAAUUUGAGUAAUUGCAAAGGAACAAAACUGAUUGAUAAAAGCAAUUGUGUGUACGUUUGUUGUACUAUAUAUAUUGCGGAAAGCCAAACCCUGUGAUUUACAUGCGGUCUGUGUUCAACUUCCGGUCACCGAGAUGAGAAGAUGUGAGUAAAAAUAAAAAUCAUCUUCCCCUCUUAGGUACAGGAGAAAAAUAAUUAUGUACAUAUUUAUAUAUAUAUAUAUACACAUAAAAAUAAUUCGUUACUUUGAUUUCUUUCGUUGCCCGCAAAAAUUUCGUUUGUCAUUCUCACGAUACGGGAUUUACGAAAGACGAUCGAACAAACGAUUCAUGUAAAUAGAUUUCAUUAAUAUCGCUAUUUUUUGACGUGAUAAAAGUACGUUGGUUGAGCCCGAGAGACCUGUAUCUGACUAUAAAUAGAUAUGGAAAAUAACGAAACUAGAAAGUAAAAAAAAAAAAAAAUUGUUUGGAAAAAUGAAGAGAAAAACGGAAUUCGCAUUGUCUGCACUUCGGACUUAGCUGUUCAGUGGAUUAUCAAAUGGAAAUGUAAUAUUCAAACUGUAUUAAAGAACAAAACUAUGAAUAAUAAUAGUAAUAAAUAACUAUUGUAAUCGAGAUAUAUCAGAUGUGUUCGUGCGGCAUGAUUUUAUUAAAUAGCGCCGUAAUCAUACGACCCUGUAAAUAAAUUGAUUGUUAUAUCUAAUCGUAAAUUUAGAAAGAAAUUUGUAAAAAGAAAAAAAAAAAAAACAGAAAAAAGGAGGCAAGGGUAGAAAAAUAAUAUUUGUGCAUAUCGUCGUAAUUGUAACGAUGAUACGGUGGUGCCUGACGUUCAUUUAAGAUAAGGAGAAUAUUAAGAAAUAAAUCGCAUAUCGCACAACAACGAAACGAAAGUAGUGACCACGGUUUAGUGGAAUUUAUUAGCGUGUAUGAUUCAUCGAAUUCAAAUACGGUGCCUUUUUUUGUAUCGACAAACUGUGUUAAGAUUAGAUGUAGACGGAGAGUUGUAAUAUGUUGAUAAGUCACGCAGUGCCUGCAGAAUGCACGUUCGUCCGAACGAUCGCGAUGACCAAAUAGAGAUUUGAAAAUUUUCGAAAAAUCUUAUGCAAAAAUAUUAUUUAUUUUAUCCGAAUAGUUCUACGAACAAAACGCGCCUCUCUUUUUACCGACAAUUACCCAAGUUAUCCAUCGCCCCAUCAAAAUUGAGAGCCUAGACGGGCUUCUAGGCGUCUUUAAUUAACAGCGAUAGCGAAUUUCUAUCUAAUAUUUGAAUAGAUUCACCAAAUCUCAGAUAAACAUAAUUGUCUUAUCAUAUUCUCGCAAAAAAAUUUUACGUAAAAUCGUGAGAAAUUUUUUUCCUUCUCUUUUUUCUCAAUUUUUUCGAUCCUUCGUGUCCUUAUGAGAGCUAUAUUCUGUCGCCGGAUUUCAGACCAUGCACAAGAAGAAAGUUUGGAAAAUUUCUCUCGUUUCUUAUCACUUAUUAUUCUAAUUUGAAUAUUAUUUUUUAUUUAAAUCCCCGUGACGCUAUGUGAACUCUUGGCUAAAAAUAAAUGUGCAUAUAAUAUACAUUUACGUAUACUCACACCGUUCGUUGAGGUAUACUAUUAACAUAUAUACCAUGUAAAUGUAUAAUAAAUGUACGCGAAUUAUAGAAAUAUAUUUGUAAUUAUUGUAAA